UCAGGAUCCCACUAAAUCCCUCUUCCCGCAUCGUGCCCGGGACCCUUCUCCUGUUGGAAGGGGAAGAGCGCAGGGCGGCGGUGGCAGGGCUGGCCUGUGAGCCUUCGCCCAGGCGCCAUGUUCUACAUGCAUUUGCUCGUCAACAAGCGCGGGCCGUUGGCCAAAAUAUGGCUUGCUGCCCACUGGGAGAAGAAGCUCACCAAAGCUCAUAUAUUUGAGUGCAAUUUAGAGACUACCAUUGAAAAGAUCAUCUCGCCAAAGUUUACCAUAGCUCUGCGAACCUCUGGACACUUACUCCUGGGAGUGGUGCGGAUUUACCACAGGAAAGCAAAGUACCUCUUGGCAGACUGUAGCGAUGCGUUGACAAAAAUGAAGACAGCCUUUCGCCCAGGACUCGUUGACCUUCCAGAAGAGAACUUUGAGGCUGCUUAUCAGUCCAUUACAUUACCUGAAGAAUUUCACGAUUUUGAAACACCACUACCUGAUUUAAAUGCCAUUGAUGUUGCUGAACAUUUUACCUUGAAUCAGAGCAGAGCUGAAGACAUCACACUUACAGAGGAUUACGAAAGCAAUAUACUUCUCUGUGAUAGAAACUUUGAUGAAGAACCAAAUGCACUAAGAAAACAGAGCCUCUGUGACGGCAGCAUCUUAACGAGCAGCCACAGCCUCGUGGCUGAUCACAACUCUGUGAGCGUGAACGGAGAGCAGCCUGCCCUGCAUGAAGACACUUACUGUUUCGAGCAGGACUGCUUUGGAGAUGAGGAGGAUGCUGUGGAUAUGAUUGAAAUCCUGUUGAGGGAUGAGCAAAACGGCCUGGAUAAAGACAUUCUUGAUAUGGAGGAAGAACAUCCUUUGUCACACGACCUGCCAGAGAACAGCGCAGCAAUUGAGGCCAACUGCGCAGACACCCCUAUUAAGGAAGUCGGGCAUCUAACGACUGAAGCAAUACUUCUGCUGAAAGAAGAAGAAGGAUUUGUGCUGGAGCCAGUUGAUGAUACAGCUGUCACCCAGAGGAAAAAAAGUAAAAGAAAGAGGAAGCUGCUUGUGGAUGUAGACAAGGAGCUCAGCUGCAACGCUAUAUACAACCAACUUAACAACUGCAUGGACACCCUUGCUACCUUAGACCUUGCACCCCCAACCAAAAAAACAAUGAUGUGGAAGAAAUCAGGAGGGGUGGAUAAGCUCCUGUCCCACACUACACAGCCUGUGGUGCAUGCUGAGCUGCAAAUGUUGUUUGCAAACUACUUCAAGAAUCAUGGAUUUCAGAUGAGAAAAACCGGAAUACAGAAGGAGUCUGAAAAGGAAGAAACACGAAAAGAGCAAGAUCCCACAGAGAUGCUGAUAGUAGAAGAGCCAAGAGACCUGCAGGAGUCAGCUCAUUCAGAGACUGAGAGAAAAAUUAGAAAUGAUUCCUUUAUGUUGACAUCACAGAAUAACAGAAAUGAAACUGAUGAUAACUGUGGUGAAACUAUACAGGACGGAACGGCUUUCUCUGAGAGCUCCUCACUGGUGAACAAUUCACUGGGCCAAGAAGCUGAAAUACAGCAAGCCAAGUUAACAACUGAGCUAACGAGGAACAGGACAGACAGUGAAGAAAGAAGGUGGAGCAAAAGAACUCUUCAGUUAUUAAAAACUUUACAGCACCUGAAGAGAUCAGGCGUGUGUUCUUUCAGUUUCCGGGAGCUCUGUUGGAAAAACAACCGGAAAGAAGUCGCGGCCAAGUUUUACAUCUUUCUUGUUCUAAAGAAGCAGUCGGUUCUUGAGCUUAGUCAGAGCGCGCCCUUCGCUGGCAUUACAGCCACCCUCGGCCCAAUGUUCAACGCUCGCUGAAACCGCGGGCGAUCAGGGCAAGCUACAAAC